ACAUCAGCGCAUAGUAUAUACAGGGUUGCAGCAUUCUAGCAUUACUAUCAUUUGAGAGACUCUUACUGCACAGUUAACAUUCAGAGCACUCAGUAAAAAGAAUGAAGGGUGCUGCACUUUUUCUUGUGUUGUCCAUGGUUGUCCUGAUGGCUCAACCUGGAGAGUGCAUUUUCGGAUGGAUUGCUAAGGGAAUUGGUGCAUUGGCUAGACAUAUUCACGGUGCCAUUCAUGGGAAGGAGAAGCUUACAAAGGAACAAGCAGACCAGCAGCAACUAGACCAGCAACAACUAGACCAGCAGCAACUAGACCAGCGACAACUUGACCAGGAAGACCAAGCCAAGCAGCAACUAGAACAGCAGCAACUGGACCAAGAAGAGCAAGCCAAGCAGCAGCUGGAUGAACGUUCCUUUAAAAACCAGUUUGCACAUCGGCGUUUUGAUUAGACUCAUUCCGGAGAUGCUUUCAAUGCCUGCUCUUAAGUAUAUUUCAAGUAUCAGCUUUAUAGUAUUGUAUCAGUUCUGAAUACAUCAAAUCAACCAAUAAAGAUCUAUGGCAUACUGCAA